AUGCCGCUCUAUAUAGCAAUUGCUUCAACACAAGCAAAUGGCCACCAGGCUUCAACACAAGCAAAUGGCCACCAGGCUUCAUCACAAGUAAAUGGCCACCAGGCUUCAACGCAAGCAAAUGGCCACCAGGCUUCAACGCAAGCAAAUGGCCACCAGGUUUCAACACAAGCAAAUGGCCACCAGGUUUCAUCACAAGCAAAUGGCCACAAGGUUUCAACACAAGCAAAUGGCCACCAGGUUUCAUCACAAGUAAAUGGCCACCAGGUUUCAACGCAAGGAAAUGGCCACCAGGUUUCAACACAAGCAAAUGGCUACCAGGCUUUAUCACAAGCAAAUGGCUACCAGGCUUCAUCACAAGCAAAUGGCCACCAGGCUUCAACACAAGCAAAUGGCCACCAGGCUUCAACACAAGCAAACUUUCCAAGUCAUGAAGACGGAGACAUUUGA